CACGAGGAUACUUACUGAUGAGCUCACAAUAUUAGAGCAUGUAUAUGAGGCCAUCGUCUUUUCAGGAUGCCCAAGGCCUUGUACUGACUGCGAACAUGCGAACACUGUAUUCUACCAUGACGACCGAACAUUAGUUUGGACGUUUCAUUUGACAGAUUGAUCGACGGAUAUUCUCAUACAACCUAGUGUCUAGCGGACCUCGGAAUUCUUCAGAUCGUCUGGUAUCACAAUAUCGAUAUCACUGACCUUUUUACAGCUCCCAACAGGUGUUUCAACAGAGGGCGUUGAAAGAGAACAGCUAACAUGCCUCUAAGAUAUGUUCGCUCAAAGCUAUCGGCCGACAGUGCUCUUAGCGUGGCCGUCGCGACCACGUCGAUUACCAAGGAACUGGCUGACAUGCUUCAGUUUCCGCCAGCGAGGGCGGCCGCAGGGAUACUUUUGCUCAUAUUCCAGACCAUUCAAAAUGUUCAGACGAAUAGAAGUGACUGCUAUCGUCUAGCACGCCGUUGUGUCUCUCUUCUGGUCGAUUUGCAUGAUCAGAUGGAGGGACGUUGGGAGGACGCUCCCCAGGCUCUUCUUAACAACAUUUCUCGUUUGGAGCGAACACUGGAAUCCAUACAUGUAACUAUGUUAGCAGAAGCCGAACAUAAGUGGCAUAAUCGUUUGCUGAGGAAGAGCACUAUCGAAGAAUCUAUUAUCGCGUUCAAUGCCGAAUUGGACGAUGCCACCAGGGCGUUCCAGGUAUCUCGCCCCACUUCUUCAAUUUCGAAAAGAGGUUGUUGUUGUGUUGACAUUACCGCUAUAAAGGUCGCUACCCUUAUCAGCAUACAUUACGCUGUUGCUGGAGAAUCUCGUGUGGUUCAUAGGGAUAUUAACCCAUCUCACCGAUUCGCAGAAUCAUCCUCGAUGUCUGAGGCUUCCGAUGCAUCCCUUGAACUUGUCUCGAGUCCUAUUUCCAUAAGAUCGACUUCUUUAGAUUCACCUCGGUCGUACUCUGACGGCUAUGUUCUAGUUUCUGAACCUCAGUCUCUUGAAGCGUCUAUUUCGAGCGCGGUCCCCACCGCUUGUGGACAUCGAGGGUUCCGGAGAUAUCAUAGGUCAGAAGUUCAUCUUAAAGGUCGAUCCAAAAUCAAGUCAGGCUGGUGGUCAGGUUCAAAUAAAGCUCAAGUUGAUGGUCGAAAUGUCUUGAUUAAGCAUUACGAUGGACCCGCGAAAAGUUGGAUACGAGAUGUAAAAAUCCUUCAGAACCUUUACCAUCCGAAUUUUCCUCAAAUGAUAGGGUAUUCCGACGAUGAGACUCCAACGCCCUUUAUUUUGCUCGCUAAUGUACAACUAAGGUUACCUGAAGCUUUAGUACUCGAUACAAUACAACGCGCAGAUUUGAGAACAUGUGUUAAUAUGAUUCUGCGUUUUUAUCGUGAUACAUUGGAUGCAGCACUCUACAUGCAACGUCAAUUGAAUCUCUCGGACCAAAAGUUGCAGGACUAUGUCGAGAAUGCGAGUUAUCGUAUCGAUGCUGAGAACACCCUUGUAAUGGGUUUACCUCCCCCUGAAAUAGACAGAUGGGUUUCCUGGCGUAAUUACGGGUUGCCGCAUUCCAUUCGUCAAAUAUACCUAAAGAUUUUACCAAACUCUGGUUACGCGCAGCAACCUCAGAAUCCAGGCGACCAAGGGGAUCUGACUGUGCAACGCAAAGUCGCACACCUUGCCGUUCUAGCUCGCGCUCUGCUAUCGGAUUUGGAAGAGCCAAGGACCCUGAGCGACCGAUUGAAUUUACUUUUGGGUGACGACGAAGACGAAGAGUUAGAGGUGGACCAAUGCCUAUUGAGUUUGCGGCAGAUCCGUAUGGCGGCGAUUUCAGCCAAUAGACAUGACCACGUCUGGAGACCGAAUACAGUUCCAGCCUACAAGUUCCGCGUGGGUGACUUGGGGUGGAUACCCGCUGGAAGGAUUUUCGACGAGAUGACGAUUAUUUGCAAUGUCCUGGAUGCGAAAACGGCGGCUUUGGAAAUAAAACAAACUGCUAUUGGUUGGCAAGGUUCAUGGGAGGGUGGUUUCAGAACGAAGCAGGAUUUGGAGCCAUUCCUGCUUCCUAACGAUGUGCACGGGUGGCCUGUCAUUGUGCCAGCAGGUACAAAACAGGAUCUGCAGGUUUUACAUGAUGAAUCAUUCACUUCAUUGAAUGAUGCCUGGCAGUUCCUCCUCGAGCACGGCAAAUCACUUGCUGAUGCUCAUAAGCUGAAGGCAGAGGACUUGGUUUUGGUAACAAAAGCCGGAACGGAUCAAAUAUUCGCUGUCCAUGAUCAUCGAAUCCUGCCGUUCCAGCGCUUUGCACACCCUGCGUUUGGUCAUCAACGGCCUGGAUUUGCUCAGUCACCUCACUUGGGAGGCGGGCAUCAAGUUAUGCACCACCAAAUUCAUAAUCGUCCUCAGUUACCUUCAAUUCUGUAUUUGUUUUCAUCAUUACGAGAAGGUCACGUCCCAGUUUGGUCGGAUUCGCCCAUGUACAAGCCUGGAACUGAACCUCAACUUAUUCGUUGUACUGCCAGCAUCGGAUGGGUUCACGGUUAUGUGAGCUAUAUUCAGCUACACGAGGACGAUUUCAAGGAGUAAACAGGUAUACGCAAGGGUCUCGUGAUUCUGUUCGAAUGUGCUACAGUCAUACAUCUUAUAUUAUCUGGGGAAUGCAGGUAUAUUACUGGUCGAACGUUAUGAUCCAAGUCCAUGAGGUCAAGUCUGGCGACAAUGUGCAAGGCAGUCCAUGAAAGAAAGAAAGAGUUACAAUGCAGUGGAACGUCAAUCGUGAUCGUCGUAAGCGUAUCGUGACAGUCGUAAAUUUGUGGUGCUAUGUAGGAAUCACGCAGACGCGACAUUCUUCAAAUGAGUCUUGGAAAGCGGAGAAGACUUUGCAGGAGACGCUGGGGUACGACGAAUGGGUCGUAAUCCGCAAUCGGCGGGAGCGACUUCAGCGCAUUUGAUGUGAGCCCUGAAUAAGGAUUAAAAAAUGAGAUUAAGUAUUAGGGACGAUACGCAGGGAAACAUACCGUAGACCACAAUCAUCACAUUCAAGCAUGGGCUUCCAACCCAGUCUCUUAUUACAUACAUCACAUUUUGCUGCAAGCGACGUGCCGUUGAAAAGAAAGUCCAGCGGAUUCCAAAGCGCUUCUGUGGGAGGAUAACGAGGAGGGGAAGCACUUCCGCUUCGACUACUUCCUGCACCGUUCCUUUUGACACCGGGCUUGAUUAAGGUAAACCGAUGAAGAAGGGGAAUGUGAGAAGAACGAAUUGUAGAUCCUCCCUCGGUUGCGCCAGCGAUGGACAUAGUCAGAAUCGAAGACGAAGCGGUGUGAUAGGACUCAAUAGAAAGGAUGGAGUCAGUGGGUGUUAAAUCAUUGAUUGCUGGUGGAGAUGCAAUGUCUUCUGCGGAGGGUACACUUGGACUUGGACGAACUGUCAAAAUGGACGAAAGAGAAGGCGCGGCAGAAUCAUUUGAUGGCGUAUGAGAACGG